UAUGGAGAAAUCUCAAUAAACUCUGAAACAUAUGUUUACAGUUUAUAAUAAAGAAUUCAUGUAGAUAUGUUUAGUUUUUCUUUCACUAGUAAUUUUGUUUUUGUAGGUUUUCAGUCUUGACCAUUAUCAUGGAGAGUGCCUGACAAAGAGCUACCAACAAUGAACCAUAGUCCACAGAACCCCGACAGUGGGGCCCCCUGGGGGUCAAGAGCUACCCUAACUCAAUUCCCUGCAGCAAAAACUGUUUACUUUUACAAAGAUGGGGACCAAAACUUUAAUGCCCUCAAGCUUGCCAUUCACCCUAGAAAGUAUCGCAGUUUUGAUACUCUGCUCAACGAGCUGUCCAGCAGAAUACCAAUGUCAUUUGGUGUGCGCAGCAUCUUUACACCCCGUGGACAUGAUCCUGUAGGGAAUAUCGAUGAUUUGUCAAAUGAGGGACGAUAUGUUUGUUCCAGUCACCGUCACUAUGCUAAAGGAGUGGACUUGAAUCGGUUUGGACCUCCACCAGCUUGGCAUUAUACAAGACCACCCAGUGGUCGCAGGGCUUUAAACAGCAUACUCUCUCCAAGAGAACGUGACAGACGCAAUCGAAUUCGCGCAAGACGUCGAAUGGACGUUCAGCGCAUACGUCCUGCAGAAGCCAGCUACCAAGCCAGCAGCAUUUAUGGACCAAAAAAGAUCACGGUGAUGAGAAAUGGGGAGCCGACAGACCGCCAUAUUGUUUUGUUGAACCGUCGGACAGCUCAGACUUUUGAACAGGUGCUGGCAGACAUGAGUGAUAUGUUUAAAAUAGCUGUGAGGAAAAUCUUCACCAUUGAUGGACGAAGGAUUCAGAGCCUGUCGUCCAUCUUCAAUGGCCCAGAUGUGUUUGUUGUGGCUGGCAGUGAGAACUUCCGUCCAAUGGUGGGACUCUCACCUCAACCUCCCCAGGCAGCCAGGCCCCGGCCUAAUGGUUACAGAAGCAGACUAUUGACCCAUCCAGACAGGACAGUAGCCAAUCGGCUGCGUGAUCGGAGAGAAAAACUUGGAAAAACAAGAGGGCGCUGGAGGGUUUUUGUGACAACCAAUGAGCUGCCGUCUGCAGGAACUGAUGCCGGCGUCACCAUAACAGUGUAUGGAACACGCAAUAACUCUGGACCUUUACACCUGGGACACAAUGACGGCACUGAACAUUUUCAGAGUGGGAAGACCGACCAGUUUGAUAUAAAUGUUGGCCACAUAGGAGAAGUCUUCAAAAUCAGAAUUGGACAUGACAAUAUGGGAGAAUUCCCCAAUUGGCUGUGUGAUGAGGUGGAGAUGAAAGAUCUGGAUACAGAUGAACAGUUGAUAUUUCCGUGCAAGCGCUGGAUGGCUCGAGAUGAGGAUGAUGGUGAAAUAUGUCGUGAAAUUCCUGCAGUGCGCAAAGGAGAGCCUCAGUUGCAAAUCAUUAAAUAUGAGGUGGCUGUGACAACUGGAGAGCUGUGGAAUGCCGGCACCAAAGCAAACGUUUACCUGACGAUGUAUGGCGAACGUGGUGACUCUGGGGUGAGGCAGCUUACAACAGAGAGAAAGGAUUUAUUGUUUCUCUCAGGACAGACAAACACAUUCCAUGUGGAAGCUGUAUCUUUAGGUCCAAUUAACCGGGUCAUUGUUGGACAUGAUGCCAAAGAUCCAGGAGAUGGCUGGUAUCUAGAAAAAAUUGUUGUCAAGGAUCCUACGAAAACUAACAACCAGUUUACAUUUUACUGUGGAAAGUGGCUGGAUGCUGGAGAAGAUGACGGCAAGGUUGUGAGGGAGUUGAAAGUUCAGGAUGAAUACAUGGCAGACAUCUUAGAAAAAAGAAAUUGGGAGUUUGAAAAAUGGAAAUUUGGGGCUAAAAACCAGGUGAUGUUCUUCUCCUGCCAGACUGGAAAAGCUCUUCGUAUAAAACCCGAUGCUGUUGUGGAUGCACUUGGCGAUGAAAGUAGUGUCUCGGCCAUUUUCAAUGUGACUGUCAAGCGAGGAAUGGUGCGUGUGUUUCGUAAUGAGGCACAUCACAAUUUCCAUCUGGCAAUUGACAAUGGCAGGCUUUUGGGACAGGGCAAGGGUGGGGCAUACUGUGAGUUCCGAGUUAGAGUGCAACACGACAGAACUGUUCAGCUUGAAUCUGUGAAAUACCCUCUCCAGCACAUUACGAUUAUGCAAAACGGUAAAGCAGGAGAUGUCAGGGGCCUGGUGGUGGAUGUGUCCAAACAGUUCCAUACCUACUGCAAGGGAAUGUUCAGGAACAAAGGUGUCAUAAUUCUUAUGUCUUCUCCAACCCAAGCCAUCAGCAUUGAUCAUGAGAAUGAGGUCAAUGGGACUGGCAAAAAGAAUCGGUUGGCACAGUUCCGUGUUCACAAAGUCAGUGAGGGAGGCAUACGGAUGUUUGAAAGCAUUGUCAACCCAGGAAAGUACCUCAGGGUUAAGCAAGGGAAAAUUGACUGCCAGGGUGGGACAGAAGUGAAUUCUCACUUUAUAGUGGAGAAACAUAAGGGGCAGGGUUACAUUUGCCUACAGUCUGCAGCUGUGCGUGGUCUGUACAUGGGCAUGGCUGUUGAUGGAACUGUGCGCCCCACUGUUAACACGGGGGGAAAAAAUGUGUGGCUCUACCCAGAAGUUGUUGAGUUUGGGGUGCCUAAGGUGAAGGAAGAGCCAGAGGAAAAGAUCCCAACUCCAGCCCCUGUGGUUCAACUCUCCCCUACACCACCACCCAGGGAAGAUCAACAACAGCAGCAAAGAGAGCCCACACCUGUAGCUAUCGUUCAGCAACAGCUUACCCAAGCAACUCCACGGGAGGCUUCACCUGAUGACCCUCCAGCCAAUGCAGAGACCCCAAAAGCUGUGGAGAAACCUUCUUCUGCCGAGUCUCACAAGUCCAUCUUUGAAGAAGGGGAUUGGAAGGCUAUAGUUAGCACGUCAGAGUCAGCUCAGAAUGGUGAAGUGGCCAUUGUGGUAUAUGGAGACAAAGGAUCUUCUGGUCAGAUUGUGUUGGGCUCGCCAGAUGUCAACAGUCUCUUCCAGAAGGGUAACCUUGACGAAUUCAAGAUCAAUUUGCUUUCAGUUGGAACAAUUUACAAAAUUCGCUUGGAAUUGAUUCCGGCUCAUCUUGAUGCUGAUGCACUUUGGAAGGUUAAAGAGGUGAAGCUUCAGGACAUGAGCACCAAAGAACUCCUCAAGUUUUCUUUCGACCGGUGGCUCUGUUUACAUCAGGAUGAUGGAGAUAUCAUGAGGGAAUUACCAGCUGUUAGGCCAGGUCAAUCAGUUCUGCCAGUGGUGAAAUACUGUGUCCUGGUGCACACUGGGAAGGAAUCUGGCUCAGACACAGAGGCUCGUGUCUUUGUCAGUUUACAUGGAGAACGAGGGGACACUGGCAGACGGCUUCUCCACCGUUCCAAUAAAGAGGUUGAUCAGUUUGAGAUAGAGGCAGUUAGCCUUGGUAAACUAGAAUACUGCAUAAUCAGCCAUGAUGGCAUGGGACCUGGAGAAGGGUGGUAUUGUCAUCAAGUGAUUAUCAGGGAGGAUCCUGAUGCAACCAUGGAAACAGUUUUCCCAUGUGACCAGUGGCUAGACUCUAGUGUGGGGGAUAAGAAAAUUGAGAGGAAGCUUAUUGCAAAUGAACAAACAGUUGUGAAAGUCCCAACCACUCCUGCAGAGGAGGGAGUUGGGGUCCCAAAAAGUAAUGAUGAAAUAGACGCUGAGCAGCCAGCAGAACAGCCUCCUUCCCCUGCUAUAAAGAAUGAGACCAGCCAAGAAAUAAGACCCAUACCCGAUGAUCCAGUCAUGCAACAACAGGAAGAAGAAAAGUACCAAGAUGGAGACUGGAAAAUCUGGGUCACUACUGGAAAAGAUGAGGCUGUGAAGACUUUGGAAGAUGUCUUUGUGGUGGCGUAUGGAGAAAAUGGCAUGUCUGAAGCCAUUAAUCUGGGCAGUGGAGGAAGUGACAUAUUUCAGCCUUCAAGCACUGAUGAAUUUAAGAUCAACCUUGGAACUUCUAUUGGAAGUUUGUACAAGAUCAGGAUUGGACAUAAGGACAUGAUUCCCGAGAAUGGCUGGUUCCUUGAAAAGGUGAAGAUGCAAAACAUGACAACCAAUGAGGUUCUCAGCUUCAAGGCAGGUCGCUGGCUCUCACGGGGAAAGGAUGACCUUGACACAUGGAGAGAACUUCCUGUUGUCCGACCUGGCAAAGACAUAUUACCAGUGGUUGAUUACCGUGUGGAGGUGUACACCGGAGAGGUACCUGGCGCGGACACAGAUGCUUCAGUCUAUUUGACUAUCUGUGGCACACGGGGUGACAGUGGGCAGAGAGUUCUUUAUUGCAGUGAAACUAACGACACAAAAUUUCAAGAGGGACAGGUUGAUGUAUUUAAAAUUGAAGCAGUUUCAUUGGAUGAGAUUACAAAGGUUGUGAUCGGUCAUGAUGGAAAAGGGGCUGGAGCAGGAUGGUUCCUGGAGAAAGUCGUUGUCAAAGAAAUCAUCAAUAAUGAAACAAACAAUGAGUACUACUUCCCUUGCAAAAGAUGGUUGGAUGAAGGACAAGACGAUGGAUUACUUGAACGUGAACUUUUGCCUGAAGCACCACCUGCUGAUUCACGAGGUGAAUAUCGCCUGUGGAUUAAAACGCUCCCAGAUUCUAAGCCAGCCAAUGGAGGGAAGGUGUACAUCACAGCCUAUGGUGACAAAGGGAAGAGUAAAGACAUUGAAGUCUGUGGUGGAGGAGGUGAUAAUGGCGUAUUCGCACCUGGAAACACUGAUGAAUUUGAGGUGAUUUUUGGAGACUUGGGAGAUCUGUACAAAAUACGCCUCACAAGAGAAGACAACCCACAGUGGGAAGGUUGGCACCUGAAAGAGGUGAAAUUGGCAGACAAAGCCACAGGUAAAGAGCAUGUGUUCGUGGUGGACCGCUGGUUGUCCAGAGGGGAGGAUGACAGAGACAUCGUACGGGAGCUUCCAAUUACCAUGGACAACAAACCAGUGCUGCCAGUUUGUCACUAUGAGGUUCAGGUGUACACUGGAGACAGGUGGGCUGCUCAGACAGAGGCUGAAGCCUACAUUACUUUAUAUGGUAGCAAAGGGGAUUCUGGAAAGAGACGCCUGUAUCACUCAACAAACAAUGAGGAAAUGUUGAGACAAAACCAGAUGGACAGCUUCCUGAUAGAAGCCGUAUCAUUGGAGGAAUUAACACAUCUUGUCAUUGGUCACAAUGGACUUGGGCAUGGAGCUGGUUGGUUUGUGGAGAAAGUGGUCAUCGUGGAGAAGGAAGGUGACCGAUCUGGUGUUCAGCAAAUCUUCCCAUGUGCUCAGUGGCUGGAUAACCAUGAAGGCGAUGGGAGAAUAGAGAGAACCUUGCGAUUAAUAGAUUCUGUGGACUCCAAAAACCCUCCUUCCCAGAAAGACCCAAACAAGAAGACCGGGAAAGUUUUCCAAGAGGGAAAUUGGAAGGUUCGUGUUAAGACAAGUGAUCUACACAAUGCUGGGACUCAUGCUCAGGUGUACCUGACUGUUUAUGGGAGUAAAGGAACAUCAAAGCCCCUGCCUCUUGGCACAGGUGAUCCAAACUCUGAUGACUUUGACCAAGGCAAGGAAUCAGAAUUCACAAUUAAUGUCGGAGACAUUGGAGACUUUUUCAAGGUGCGGUUAGAGCAUGACAACAUAAACGACUUCCCUGCCUGGCAUGUGGACUACCUCAAGCUAAUAGAUCAGGAUACCCAGGAGGAGAUAACUCUGUAUGUUGAUCGGUGGUUGGCUGUGGAUGAAGAUGACGGCCAGUUACAUAGAGAGUUGUCAGUUGCUUACCCUCAGCAGAUGCCUUUGCCAGUGCUGCAUUAUAUUGUGGUUGUGUAUACUGGUGAACAGAAAGAGGCAGGAACGGACACCACCAUUAACUUCAACCUGUAUGGUGACCAUGGCGACAUUGGGCACCGCCCACUUAUGGACUCUAAGACAAAUGCUGAGCCGUACCAGCCUGGGCAAAUGGAUGUGUUUGUUAUAGAGGCUGUUUCCAUUGGGAAAUUACAAAAGGUGGAAUUGUUGCACAAUGGUCAGAAACGAGGACAAAGCUGGUUUGUUGACAAAAUUCUGGUCCUUGAAGGGGAGGCAGCAUUAACUGAAAGUGUCUUCCAUUGUACUGAUUGGCUGGAGGUCAAAGAGGGAGAAACCAUGGCAAUGAAGCAGUUUAAAUUCUCAGGUGUGGCCAGUAAAGUGAAGGUGAAGAAUUCUGUUUGCAUAUGGUUACUGCAGAUGAAAAUGAAAGAUGACGACACUCAACAAGAAUUCCACUUUAAUUACAACAACUGGGUAAAGUCAACCCUGGAUAAUCCUGGUGGAGUAACAGAGUUGCCUGCCAUCAGACCAGACAUUCCACCACUGGAAGAAACAAAAUACAUCGUGUCAGUAUUGACUGGAAGCCAGCAUUGUGCAGAUACUGAAGCAGAGGUGUUCUGCAAUUUAAUUGGUCAGUGGGGAGAAACUGGUCAGCGGCCAUUGGCCACACCACGAAAGAGUAGUGAUCCUUUCAAGAAGGGACAGAUUGAUGAGUUUUCAAUCAACAGCUUAGAUCUAGGCCAGGUUGAAAAGGUUGAGAUUGGGCAUAACAAAGCUGGACGUGGUCAAGGAUGGUUCUGUGAAAGGGUUACUGUUAAGACAUUAACCUCACCCACAGAACAAGUCUUCCCAUGCAACAGAUGGCUUGAUACUGGCUGUGAAGAUAGGAAACUUGUGCGCGAGUUACUGCCCCUGGCUACUGUUCCUCUUCAGGCUGAGACUGAUGACAGUUUACGAAGGGAGAGAUCAAAUGGGGUGUGGUCGUGUUUGGUGACCUUGGCAUCAGUGACGCAACUCAGUCUGCAUGCAGUUGACCCCAAGCAACAGAUUGAACUGUCGCUGUUGGUGUGUGGUCAAAACGGAGUAUCAGAAGUCUUUCAGCUUGAUAAACUCCAACCUUUGGUUUUGGGACAAAUAGAAGAGUAUAAAGGCUUGAACUUUGGUGAUAUUGGGAAGAUAGAGAAAAUCCGAGUUUGCCUGGGAAAGGAGAGUGAUACAGAAACAUUGUGGGUGUUAGAUGAGAUUAUUUUGGAGGAUGAUGACACUAAGGAGAGUUUGAGAUUUGAUUUUGGGCCAUCAGUUGGUAAAGUGUUUUGGGAUGGCUGUAAGGAGGUGCCAGCAGUUAGACCAGCAGAGCCUGUAAAACAAGUGCAAACCUACCUGAUAAGUGUUCACACCAGCUCAGAUAAAGAUGCUAGCACUUACUCCUCGGUUUUCAUCAACAUCUAUGGACAGGAUGGGGAUACAGGCAGAAGGCAGCUGGCAAUGAACCUGAAAAAGUCAGCCAAGUUCCAAGUUGGACAGGUGGAUGAAUUUGAGGUAGAAGCAGUGCAUUUGGGAGACCUGGAAAAGGUUGUGAUUGCCAAGGGCCCUGGUGACCCAUGGCAUCUAGAAAAGGUUGUCAUAAAAGGAGGAAGAUUUGCUGGCAGUGAAGACGUCUUUGUAUAUGACAGCUGGAUUGGUGACUCCAGUCAACAAGACGAGGAAGUUUCUACAACUAUUGCGGUGUCAGGCCAUGAAAUUGGUACUGUUGCUAUUCCAAGAGACUUGGAGCCUAGUCUACCAGUGUCCAAGGGAUCGUGGAAGGUUGAAACUCUGACGGGAAAAGAACAGAAAAAAAUGACAGGCCUUGAUGCUGUUGUUGUUUUGUGUGGUGACCAAGGUGAAACAGAACCUGUUCCUAUGGUUACCACAACAAAAGAAGUUUUUAAACCUGGAAAUUUGGAUGAUUUUAAGCUGCAGGUGACCCAAGAUGUAGGAGAACUGUUUAAAGUGAGAAUUGGAUUUGCUGAAAGAACAAAAGAGAAAUCUUUGAAGUUACAGAGAAUUUCCUUUCUUGACGAGGACACUCAGGACCAAUUUUGUUCUGAGCUUAGUGAUUGGCUGACAGUGGACAAAUUACAGGAUGGGUGGAAGGAGUUUCCCAUUGUAUGGCCAGCAGUGCCUGUCUUACCAGUCAUAAAAUACCAGAUCUCUGUACAUUUGGGAGAUGUUCAUAAGAUAUCCCCAAAUGUUGGCUUACAUAUCCAGAUGGAUGGAGAAAAGGGCAGUACUGGACAAAGACUGUUGAAAAAGGCUGUCAAUAACAACACAAGGUUCCAACAAAAUCAGAACGAUCUGUAUGAAAUAGAGGCUGUGACCUUGAGGGAUAUUAAGAAGGUCAUCCUAGGUCAUAACAGCAGUGCACCUGGUGCUGGAUUUUUCUUAAAGAAAGUGGUGAUUAAAGAGACUGCAGAUUCAGAGAUGGAAUAUUCCUUUGAGUGUGAAAAGUGGCUUGAUGCUGGUGAAGAUGACAAGUUAACUGAGCGCACUCUGUUUCUGGGAGACAUGGCAUCGGUGCCUACAGCAGCAACCCCCAAUAUGAAACAAGAGGAAACUCCAGCAGAUAAUGAGAAACCAGGAGAUGACUGGAAAGUCUGGGUGAUGACAAAAACAGAACCUGGCUCUGGAACAAAAUCUGCAGCAGUGCUGAUUUUGUACGGAGACAAAGGUCAAUCCAAACCAGUUGUCAUUGGAGAGUCUGAAGAUUUUGAAUUCAAAGAUGGAUCCACAGAAGAAUGUGAUGUGAAAGUUGAAGAAGACGUUGGUGAUGUGUACAAAAUACGGGUUGGUUUCCACAAUGUAGAGGCGAGAGGAAAUUGGUUCACAGACUAUACUUUAGCACCAACAUGGUUCAUUGACAAGAUCAAACUGCAGAAUGUGAAGACUUCAGGAGAGUUCAACUUUGACACCGACAUGUGGAUCAAAGUGGAUGGAGAAAGGGAUUACUGGAGGGAGUUCCCUGUUGUCAAACCCAAUAAAGAUGACAUAUUAAAACAAAAUCUUGAUCUUGAUUUGUUUGCAGUGCUGAGAUAUGACGUACAGAUUUACACAGGUGACAAACUGGGAGCCGGCACAGAUUCUAAUGUCUAUCUCCAGCUAUUUGGCGAACGAGGAGAUUCUGGUCCUCGACAAUUGCUCAAGUCUGCAAACAAUGACAACAAGUUUGAACAGGGCCAGGUGGACCACUUCAUGAUUGAAGCUGUAGAUUUAUCGCGACUAACAAAAGUGAAGAUCGGCCAUGAUGGUGACGGACCAGGCUCAGGUUGGUUCUUGGAUAAGGUCGUUGUCAUGGAGACACAACCUCCACGUGGCCAGUAUAUCUUUGAAUGUGACAAGUGGCUAGAUGUAGGAGAAGAUGACAGCCUUAUAGAGAGGGAAUUAAAUCUGACAAAGUUUGUACCCGAAGAACAAUCUACAGAUGAGAAACCAGACUGUCGGGUUUCUGUGACAACCAGCAGUGAAGGAGACAGUGGAACAGACGCUAAAGUUAUCUUAACUGUGAUUGGUCAAGAUGGGGAGUCUGGACCCUGUCCACUGACAAAGACGGAUAAAAAACCCUUGUUCGUUACAGGAGAAACAGAAUCCUUUGAUGUGUUUGCAAAGCUGGCAGAGAUUGGUAAAGUAAAGAAGAUACGUAUUGAGCAUGACAACUCAGGAGAGUCACCAGCAUGGAGGGUGGACAAGGUUGUUAUGGAGAAUCUCAUAGACCAGACAAAGCUGGAAUUCACCGUGAACAAACUUCUGAGUUAUAAAGGAGACUAUGGUGAUGUUGUGGUUGAGGUUCCAGUUGAGGGCACAUCACAAGUGAAGAAGUACUAUGUUGAGGUGGAUACAGGAGAGAGCAUUGGUUCAGGGACAGAUGCAAAUGUAUACCUGACUAUAUUUGGAGAUCAGGGAGACUCGGGCAAACGUGUACUGAAGACCAAUCUUGAGGGAGGAGACAAGUUUGAGUCUGGAAAGAUUGAUACAUUUAUUGUGGAGGCUGUAGACCUUGGGAAGUUGACUCGCAUUGUGAUAGGUCAUGAUGGAACAGGGGCAGGAUCGGGCUGGAAGCUGGACAAUGUGAUGGUGCGAGAAGGAGAGGAUGCCGAAGACAAGGUCAUCUUCCACUGUGGACAGUGGCUGGAUGGUGAUGAAGGAGACAAGAAAACAGAGAGGGAGAUUUUCCCAUUGCAGGAUGAUGAUGAUGAUGAUGACGAUGAUGAUGAUGAUAUCUAGACCAUGGAUACUUACUAUAAUAGUAAUGCAGAUGAAAGAUUUUGUUGGAUAAUAAAUGUCAGAAUGUCAACUCCUUACAUUGCCAUACCUUAAAGAAAAUUUCAUAAGUGGCUAAUUAUAUAAGAAAUAUACAUAGUCACAAGUGGAUUGUAUGUAUUCAUGAUAAUGUUAAAAAGUAACUUAUCGGUUACGCACAUUUAUAUUAAUAUAUUUGCAUAUAAUCAUCUGUUCCAUACUUAGCAAUUAGUGUGAUUUAAAUACAGAUAUCGUCAUAUAACUGUAUGGAACCUUGAUUUUAUUGAAAAUUAAAUACAUGUAGAAGAAUUUUGUUUUCAUAUUUCACAAUGUGAAUUAUACUGGAGGAGCAUGUGGAUGUUAUUUGUGCAAACCAUAACUUCUGUGGAUGUUUGCAUAUAUAUAUGUAGAUAUGCAUUAUGUUAUGAAAAUUAUGUAUUUCAGCAAGCACAAAAAAGGAUGAAUAUGAAUACAUACAUACAUAAACCACAUAUAUAUGCACUUCAGAUAUAAAGUUUACAAAUUGCAUGACUUGUUGGUGUAAUAUAUGCUGUAUAAGCAUAUAACACUUAAUGUGUAAACAGAACUUGUAUAUCAUAUCAGUUAUUAGAUAAGGGUGCCUUUGAAAUGUUAUUCAUUUAAUUGACAAAGACAU